CUGCACUACGGGACCCUCCUGGGCAGCAGAGCUUGUGUCCACAUGGCAGCAGCUGCCUGGGGCAGUGGGUUUCUCAAUGCUGUGCUGCACACGGCCAAUACAUUUUCUAUACCACUCUGCCAGGGUAAUGACCUGGACCAGUUCUUCUGUGAAAUCCCCCAGAUCCUCAAGCUCUCCUGCUCAGAUGCCUACCUCAGGGAAGUUGGGCUUCUUAUAUUAAGUUGUUUUUUAGGUUUGGGCUGUUUUGUUUUCAUUGUGCUGUCCUAUGUGGAGAUCUUCAGGGCCGUGCUGAGGAUCCCCUCUGAGCAGGGACGGCACAAAGCCUUUUCCAUGUGCCUCCCUCACCUGGCUGUCGUCUCCCUGUUUGUCAGCACUGCCAUCUUUGCUCACCUAAAGCCCCCCUCCAUCUCGUCCCCAUCCCUGGACCUGGUGGUGGCAGUUCUGUACUCGGUGGUGCCUCCAAGUAUCCAGAACAUAUUUUAG